AGUCAUCAGUCGCGUCCACUUUAACGAACACGAAAUCAUUACGAGCACCCUUUAUAUUAACAUUAAGGAUGUGUUUAUAUUAACUUGAAACGUAGUCACACCCCGACACACUCGAAACAUCAAAAUUUUAAUAAGAUUCUACUCAAAAUCCUAAUUGGAGUAUAACAACUCCGAUUAAUUAAUCAGAAACAUUAACAACAAAUUACGACGUCGUUUGUAUGAAUUAGUAUCGCAGCGUCUUUUUAACCGUUAACACGCAUGCGUCGUAGACCUGUUUUGUUGUAUAAAAUGUCCGCGCAACUAUGAACACUGGCCAGGUGUAAAACAAAACAAAAUGUUCGAAGUGUUACAAAAUAAAGUGCAGUUGUUUUCGCUUAUAAAAAAAAAAUAGAAACUAUUUAAAACAACAGGAAGUGAAGUUUUUCUACGGCCAGUCACAUGUAAUUUCAAAUAUAAACGAAUGAACUGUCAAAAUCCUUGCCAUAAAGCAAUCCAAUUUUUUUUUUAUUAAUACAAAAGGCGCAAACGAUUCAUCAGUUUGAUUUUGUGUAGUGGAAAUAGUUGUAGACAAAAUGUCGGAAGUGCCCUUAGUACGUCGUGCUAUCGUCCGCGCUGCCCAUGCGCACGCCCAUGGUAGCUCCAACCCGGACCAGGGGAACCCGCUGGUCAUAGACAACAACCAGCCAUCGGACCAGUGGACCCCUGCGGCUUUGGAAAGAGCUGGGUCCACUUUAAAAGCCUUGAAUCGAAUGGCUAAACGACCCCCUGUUCACAUUUUGUUUGAAGAUGUGGGCUUUACAGUUAGCUCUCAUAAAGGCGAACGCAGAAUUCUACACAACGUGUCGGGCGAAUUCCGCUCAGGUGAGCUGACCUGCAUUCUCGGACCUUCGGGCGCUGGCAAGUCUACUCUGCUAAAUAUACUGGCUGGAUAUACAACAAACGGGGUGAAUGGUCGAAUCACAGUGAACGGUCACGCGCGAGACAUGAGGCUCUUCAAGAAGCUGAGCAGUUAUAUCAUGCAGGACGAUUUGCUGCAGCCGAGGCUGACAGUACAGGAGUCCAUGCGGGUUGCAGCUGAUCUCAAGCUUGGGAAGGAACUGGGCAGAGCGGAGAAGGAACUCAUUAUAGAAGAAAUCCUGCAAACCCUUGGACUAUGGGACCACAGGGACACGAGGUCGGAGCGCCUCUCCGGCGGGCAGUCCAAGCGGCUGUCGGUAGCCCUAGAGCUUGUCAACAAUCCACCAAUCAUCUUUCUGGACGAACCGACAACGGGCCUAGACGUGGUGUCCAUCAGGCAGCUGGUGGUCCUGCUGCGACUGCUGUCCCGCCAGGGCCGCACCAUCGUGUGCACCAUCCAUCAACCCUCAGCAUCUUUGUUCACCCUCUUUGAUCGCGUUUACGUGCUGGCCCGGGGAUUAUGUUGCUAUCAGGGCGCUGCGCCUCUUCUAGUCCCGUUCCUGUCCGAAGUGGGCCACGUGUGCCCCACGACACACAACCCCGCUGAUUUCGUGCUGGAGACACUGCACGGCGACUUGGAGGUACCGGCUCUCAUGUCCGAGCUGUGUCAGAACGGGAAGCUGUGUCGCAAACUGGACAGGAUCACCGCUAGAGGGGGACGGAAACCAGUACUGCACUCGGACGAGUCUAUCCAGAGGAUAUUUGUGGAACACGUAGCCAAGGAGCAAAUGCAGAAAAUGGAAUUUGCCACUACCUUCCUCAGUCAGUUCCUGAUUCUCUCAAAGCGAAUGUUCAUUCAGACUAAGAGGAAUUCUCUGAGCCUCUGGAUUCAAUUGCUGCACCACGUGGUCUCAGCAGUCUUCCUCGGCAGCAUCUUCUUCCUCGUGGGGAACGACGCGGGCGCACCCAUCACAAACUUCAAGUUCUGCUUGAGUGUGCUCGUGUUCUUCAUGUAUACGUAUAUCAUGAUCCCCGUUUUGUUGUUCCCAACCGAAGUUCGCCUGCUACGUCGCGAGUACUUCAACCGGUGGUACAGCCUCAAGGCGUACUACGCGGCACUGUCCUUCUCCUCUCUACCCGUCAUGGUAAUCCUAGGCUUGCUGUUCAUAGCGAUCUGCUACCUGAUGUCGGGACAGCUGCUCGAAUGGGACCGGUUUGUUUUGUUCUCAGUCAGUGGGAUCCUCACGGGGCUGUGCUCCGAAGGCCUAGGGCUUGCUGUCGGCUCAGCUUUCAGUGUUACGAACGGUUCCAUAAUCGGUCCAGCAACAGCGGCGCCACUCCUAUGUCUCUGCUGCUACGGAAUGGGGUUCGGGCCUCACAUCGAGAAAACCAUGAAAGCCUUGAUGUCAGCCUCGUACUUACGAUAUGGGCUUUCUGGUUUCUCCUUAGCCCUGUACCAACACAGAGGCCCAAUGGAGUGCAAAGAAGAUUUCUGCUUAUACAACGACCCGAAGUUAAUUCUGCGUGAUGUUGGUAUGGCGGAUGACAGUUACGGAAUGCAAAUGGCGGGAUUGUUAAUAUUCACUUUCAUACAUAGACUUUUAGCGUAUUUAGCGCUGAGGUAUCGCCUCACCGCUGAAUUCUCGAAUAAAUUUAUGGCGUAUAUAAGCAAGUUUUUGAAGCAUAGAUAGUUUGUAUUCGGCGUAUUAAAUUGAAUAUUUAGGACUUUUAAGUAAACAAAUAUAUAAAAUUGUUUUAAUUAGAUAAGUAUAAGGUUAAUUUCAAUUCAUUUAGAUAUAAAUAAACGGUGAUGUAGGUACCAUAAGUUAUUGUUUAAAGAUCUAAAAAUGAAAUUAAAACAUAUUUCUUUGUCAUAUAACUAAAAGUACAAUAUUAUAUUAGCAC